UGCGUGUGUGUGCGUGAGUGUGUGUGUGCGUGUGUAUGUGUAUGUGUAUGUGUAUGUGUAUGUGUAUGUGUAUGCGUGUAUGCGUGUAUGCGUGUAUGCGUGUAUGCGUGUAUGCGUGUAUGCGUGUAUGCGUGUAUGCGUGUAUGCGUGUAUGCGUGUAUGCGUGUAUGCGUGUAUGCGUGUAUGCGUGUAUGCGUGUAUGCGUGUAUGCGUGUAUGCGUGUAUGCGUGUAUG